AUGUCAGCUGAGGGCACCAGCAGUCAGGAAGGGGCGGGUGCUAGUGGCUCCAUUGCCAAGUCUAAAACUGGGCGCAAGAACAGGCGCAGGAGCAAGCUCGAUAAGACAGUGUGGCAUUUGGUCAAUUUCUUGCUCUCCAAGUAUCACUGUGACAUGCCUACCACUAAGGAGGAGAUAGUGGACAAGGUCAUCGGGAGGUAUGAGAGGUACUUCCCCGAGAUCUUCCGGAGAGCUUUGGAGAUCAUGCAGAUGGUCUUUGGUGUGGAAAUGAACCCCACCUCCCACACCUAUGUCCUGGCCCCCUUGCUCGGGCUCACUUAUGACGAUAGCGUGAAGAGCCAGACCCAGAGCUUCCCCAAGAACGGCCUUCUGAUCACAAUCCUGAGUACCAUCUUCCUGGAAGGCGGCCGUGCCAGUGAGCAGAAGAUCUGGGAGACGCUACAAGUGAUGGAGGUGCAUGCAGGGCAGGAGCAUUUUAUUUACGGGGAGCCCCGCAAGCUCAUUCUGGAAUGGAAGCAGGAUGAGUAUUUAAAGAUAGAGCCAGUACCCAAUAGUCGGCCUCCCUGCCAGGAAUUCCUGUGGGGCAACCGGGCCCGCAGAGAAACCAGCGAGCUUACAGUCUUGGAGUUCCUAGCCACGGCUACCAGCUGUGUUCACACUGCAGACAGCCAGAGAGCCUGUACACCCUGGUGCCCUGUACAUGUGGCGGGCAGAACCAGCCAACUGCGGACGCCUCGGGAUGCCAUUCCCAGCGCGCAUGUGGAGCAGGGCCCAGACUGA